AUGGUGGGCAUCCUCGAUGUGCUGGCAGCCCGCAUGGAGCCGCCUGGAAUUAACGGCGUUCUCAUGCAAGAUUACCUGCGUGACUUCCCCGCCUUCAAAACAUGGAAGACGACGCUGCAAGAGAACCUCAAACUCCAAUGGAAAGACGAAAACCAUGCCUUCCAUAAGCACCCCUUCACCCUGCAAUCAAUCGAGAUCCAGUCCGUCGACUGGUUCGGCCGGAAAAUCGGCUUCAUUAAGUUGAAGGCCAUCAUCAAGAACGACGAGGCUGAGCCUAAGGAACUGCCAGGCGUCGCCUUCCUGCGCGGCGGCAGUGUGGCCAUGCUGAUGAUCCUGCGGCCCAAGGACUCGCGAGAUGAGAGAUUAGUCGUCAUGACGGAGCAGCCACGCAUCCCCGCGGGAAGCCUAUCGUUCCUCGAGAUUCCAGCGGGCAUGAUCGACGACGGGCCCAACUUCAAAGGCAAGGCGGCUGACGAGAUCCUCGAGGAGACGGGAUUCAAUAUUCCUGUGUCGGAGCUCAUCGACAUGACCAAGUUGGCCCUUAGUGAGGCCAGCGGUAAGGAAACCAAUCACCAACAAGGGAUGUAUCCUAGUCCGGGAGGGUCCGACGAGUUCAUACACAUCUUCCUAUGGGAAAAGGAGAUUGACCGCCAGGAAGUUGAGGACCUGCGCGGGAAGUUGACGGGCCAGAAGUGGCAGGGCGAAAUGAUUACACUGCGUGUGUGCGACAACGAGGAUCUAUGGAGGGAGUGCGCCAGGGACGCGAAAACGUUGGCGGCUUGGGCCUUGUACGAGGGUUUGAACAGGGCUGGCAUCAUUCCCGAGAUACUACGGGAGCGCAGGGAAAGGGGCACGUCACCAGAGCCAGAUGGGAGAGAGGCCAAACGACAAAAAAAGGAGAUAGGCAGACAGUAA